GAGGGAAGGGAAGGGAAAGGAAGGAAGGAAGGAAGUUGCACCUGGGUGGUGGUGGAGGUGGAGGUGGUUGCUUUCGAGUUGCCGUCGCAAGCAAAGCAAAGCAAAAGUAUGGAUGCGUGCCCCCUUCUCUCAGACUGGCUUGGGGUGGUUGUGGUAACUGCUCUGCUACUUGCUACUUGCUAUUGCUCCUGCCGCUGCCUCUGCGACAACUCCUGCGAGCAGACACUCAUUCUGCUGCUGCCUCUGAUCCUCCACUUGCUGCUUGCUGCAACUGCGAACCCACCACCAUCAGCAUUACCAUCAGCUAAACUGUUCUUGUCCUCCGUCUGGUUCGUCUCUCUCUGUCUCUCUGUCUCUCUGCCCCUUCGUCCCUCUGUCUCUGUCUCUCUUCUCCACCUUUCUUUCUCGCUGCCUACUCGCUCAACUGUCGAAAAGAGACGGCUCGCUCUCUGGUCUCUUCCGCACACACCUCCACAUCCCCCCCCCUCCCAAAGUCCCAAGUCUUCCCGUAACUUCCUUCCACUCCUGCUCUUCCUCCUCCUCCUACUCUUGCUCCUGCUCCUGCUCAUCCACCUCCUCCUCUCCUCCCUCCACUCGCUCGACUACCCAUUCCUCACUCACCACCUCCUACCACCACCACCAUUACCAUUCCACACCACGCACUCUUCCACCUGGUUGCCCAACUAUCCCUUUGCCCUCUCACCAACACCACUACCACCACCGCACACUUCCACUUUGCCCUUGCUUACGCCUACCUCUUGUUCAAACUUCAGCAUCGCCAGGCCUCGCCCUUCACAUUCUACCUUCCGACCGACGAUUACGUUCUACCUAGCCACGCUGCCGUUGACUCCACAUCGACGCAUUCACGCCUCCUCUCACAAUCAACGAACAACUACCACACCCCCUCCCCCCUGGGUAACGCUUCGGUCGCCUCCUCUCUCGCCGCUGAUAGAGAAGCCUUUCCUCCUACUCUUCCUCCCUCUAUCCGUCGUCACGCCGCUGUGCUCGCCUUCGACGCUCUCUCCAAAUCCAAAUCCCAAAAAAAACACCUCACAACUUUGUCCUCGCGCUCACCGUUGACGAUCCUCUCGCCAUCUGCGAAAUAUUACCGCUACAGCGGAAUACAUUCGUACGAUCGAAACGAGAACUUUUAAAAGACAGACGGGCUCUCGGUGAUUGCUGCGAUCGUGCGUCGCCCCGUCUAGACAGGUCAGCAUUCUCCUUGAUCCCGUUAUUCACGCUCGCCCCGACGCUCCUCUCCCAAACACAAUUCCCCCCGAGCCGCUACUACUCCUGAUCCCCUUCACGCUCCCCGCCUCCUUCCUUUCCGGCUCAUUCCUCCCCCCG